AGGCGGCGCUGCAGCCAUGACGUCAACAGAGGAAAUGCAAGAUGGCCGAUAGCAAGCGAGAGGAAACUAAACUUGUGGAAAAACAUUAGCGAAAUCCGCCGAACAGCCCGUCGUUUCUGCAGCUGUUCCUGUGAUAUCGAGCGUUGGAACCGUAUUGUGUAUUUGGCUGAAUUCCGUCUACGAUAAGCACAUUAUUUUUUAAAAAAUAUAUUACAGCCAUCCCUUUCGUAAAGGCCUGGCUAAACAGCAGUGUUAGCCAACUGCGGUAACGGUGUUAGCAGCUGAGCAAGCCUGCUUUUUUGUUUUUUGUUUUCGUCGGGGUGGACAUGCGCCAGUAGGUUGGCACGGAGAACCACUGGGAACCUUUGUGCCUUGUAUCAAAUUUUUACCUGACUAUUAAGAACCUCCGCUCUUUUGUAAGCGGACUCCUCAGUCGUCUGGCUAGCUGUCGGUGUAGCUCGGGUGGGGUCCAGCCUGCCUCGCAGCGUGCUGACCGCCGCUAGCAUCCAACUCACAACAACCAAGCCAUAUCACCUCUGCAGAAAACAGUGCAACAGGCCGCCGGUGCCGCCACACGGUUUGAACUGCUAGUCCGUGCUCAUAUAUGAGGAUAAAACCCAGCCACCAUGGAUGCGAAACGCGCCUACGGCAAAAGCCACCAAAGCAGCAGCGACUCGAACAGCGACAGCCCCGCGUCUCCGGCCAGCCCCGCGCCCGGAGCCAGCAAGGCGACCGGGGGCAACGCUUUCGCUAACGACGGCAGCUUCAUGGAGAUGUUCAAGAAGAAGAUGGAGGAAGAGAGGAGGAAAAAGGAACUGGAGCAACCAAGUGGAGAUGCAGGGACUACAGAGCAAGGACAGUCCACAGUGGAAAAGAAGCCCCCUCCCGUGACGAGCUUUGUGGGGAAACGCAGAGGCGGUGUGUUCCUAAAGACCGGCAUGGUUGCGAAGAAGCAGAAACAGGAUUCAGAGGCUGAGCCGGGCAAGAGCGAUGCCUGGUCAAAAUACAUGGCCGAGGUGAAAAAGUACAAAGCCCACCAGUGUGGCGACGACGAUAAAACCAGGCCUCUGGUCAAGUAGAAGAUGGGGAAGCUGGUGUUGUGGUGAGAUGAGGGGAGACGACCUGGGAGAUGCUGUGGAAGGCCUGGCUAGCCCAGACCCUCUCAUACUGCCAGAAAAGUUACCCUUCUCACUAUAAAUCUUUCAUAAACUACUUCAAAUUUGUCCGCUUUUUUGUUUCCCUUUUCCCCCCUGCCUCCUUUUUGUAUUGUUUGUACCUUUUGUGUUUUAUGUUGGACCGUUUGUGAUUGGAUCUGGUGUCAAAAGGCUCUUUCGGAACAACUGGCGUACAUUAUUGGGUAUGGUUGAUUAUGAAGUACUUUAAUAGUUGUCUCUGCUGGUUUGAGUUAGAGCAAAAUUGAGAAAUGAUUUUUGAUCGUUGAUGGGGCACAUUAUGUCAGCCAAAUCAAGUUUUUGAUUAAAACUACACUGCCCAUUUA